GCUGCUAGAAAUUUGGGGUUAAACACGAUCUGUCGGCGUUUGUCAAGCUUUGCUGCAUGUUUGUUUUUCUCGAUAGUUCGGGUUAGUGUUUAUUGAGUAGUCACUGAAGCACCAAUCAGGCUGAAAUGGCUAAUGGGCCAAUAGCCGAGAGGAACAGAGAUGCAACCAUCUACGUUGGAGGCCUGGACGAUAAAGUCUCCGAAUCCCUCCUAUGGGAGCUGUUCGUGCAGGCUGGACCUUUAGUGAACGUGCAUAUGCCCAAAGACAGAGUCACCAUGAUGCAUCAAGGGUACGGUUUCGUGGAGUUCAUGGGCGAGGAAGACGCUGAUUAUGCGAUUAAAAUCAUGAACAUGAUCAAGCUAUAUGGGAAGCCGAUCAGGGUCAAUAAGGCUUCAGCGCAUCAAAAGAACCUGGAUGUUGGAGCCAACAUUUUCAUAGGAAACCUCGAUCCGGAAGUGGAUGAAAAGUUGCUUUACGACACGUUUUCUGCGUUUGGGGUCAUACUUCAAACGCCAAAGAUCAUGCGAGAUCCCGAAACAGGCAAUUCCAAAGGCUUCGCCUUCAUCAAUUUUGCCAGCUUCGAAGCUUCCGACGCGUCUAUUGAAGCGAUGAACGGCCAGUAUUUGUGCAACAGAUCCAUAUCGGUUUCGUAUGCAUUCAAAAAGGAUUCCAAAGGCGAACGGCAUGGCUCAGCGGCUGAGCGGUUGCUCGCCGCUCAGAACCCGCUGUCUCAAGCCGAUAGGCCCCAUCAAUUGUUUGCUGAUGCUCCACCCAUGGGAAUGAUGGGGAUGACGAUGGCUCCGCCGCCACCGCCAGUUAUUCUAAGCGGAAUGAUGCCGCCGCCACCACCCACUCCCGCGAGUAUGGCACCGCCCCCGCCACCUCCAGUGCCUCCCCCGAGUUCAUUCCCCUCAGGCAUUCCUCCGCCUCCGUUGCCGCCGUCGCAACCUCCGCUACCUCCUGGGGCUCCGCCGCCGCCCCCAUUGGGGGCCAGUGCGUCUGGAUCCCGACCCCCCAUGCCUCCAAUGCCCCCCAGUUCAGGCUCCGUCCAGAUGGGGCAAAGGAUAAUGCCGCCCCCUCCGUGGCAAACAGGCCCCGGCAUGCCGCCACCUCCACCCGGGCCUCCUGGGUCUGCUCCCAGUGCCAGCUUUCCUGGGAUGUUCCCGCCGCCGCCCCCUCCUGGCGGAAGGCCUCCACCGCCAAAUUGGCGG